AACAUGGAGGUGUUUCGUUCAAAAGGCAACGAAGGAAUAUGAUGAACUUGAGGUUUACCUAGAUGCACACCAAGUUGAAGUGUUGGCUAACGAGGAAUAAGAAAUGGAGGAAGAGCAAAACCACCAAGCUCAUCACCACCAAGUUCAUCACCAACACCAAGUUGAUGAGGCGGGAUUGUCUAACAUAGCACGAGACACGGAUGAUGAAGAUGACUCUGAGGAUCCGACGUACGUUGUUAAUUCUGAUCAAGAGAGCUCUUCAGAUGAGUCUGAAGUAUCUGGAUGGGUCUCUAUGUACACACCGGACGUGUACACAGAGGAGCCUAUUAACAUUGCUGAACAAGGAAUUCUAGAAUUUCCGAUCCCCAGGCACGUUGAAGAAGUCUCACUACAACCAACGUUCCGUAUCCCUGAAAUUCAGAUUGGAUAUCGGUACGGUGAUUUCAAAAGCCUUCAAUUUGCAGUGGCGCUACGCAAUAUUGCAGAGCAUAGACACUUUCAGACUUCUUCAAAGCGUCGCAAUUAUUGGCUGGCGAAGUGCACGUAUUCGGAACAAUGUCCAUGGCUCAUCCAGGCUGCAGAGGUUGCAUCUGUUUGGACUGUCAAACAGUAUAAAAGUCAACAUUUAUGCAGACCAGACUUUUCGAAAGAGAAGGACGAUAAGCUUAUUACAAGCAAGCUCAUCUCGGGAAUUAUAUUCUCUAAAAUUGCUACAGAUGCUGAUUACAAGGUGAGGUACAUCAUUAAAGAUAUAUACGACUUAUUUCAAGUUUCUGUGUCGUAUAAGAAAUGUUGGUUAACUAAGUCGAAUGCCAUUCAACGACUGUACGGAUCCUGGGAGGAUUCGUAUAACAAGCUAUUGCCUCUAUUAGCAGCGUUGAUUCAAAGCAAUUCUGGGUCAGUGGCCGAAAUACAAAUGCGGCCAACAACAACGCCACAAACUUUUCAAUUCAUGUACGUUUUCUAGUCUUUCAAAGCGUCUAUAGAUGGGUUCAAGUACUGUUUUCCUGUGAUCUCUGUUGAUGGCACCCACUUGUAUGGGAAAUAUAAGAGGGUGUUGUUG